UGUUCGAUCCCCUCUGCUUGUAGCGCGCGAGGCUAGCCUAGAUCCUCGUGGUCGGUCGGACUUGUGUUUCGUUGCCAGUCUGCUUUUUUAGCUUCGAUCGAUCCGGCCGGCCUCUCGGUCGACAUGGAUCAGUGUGCGUCCAGGGUGCUGCCAAUCAUCGACGAAGGGUCGGAGUCGGAGUCCGAGACGGGGUCGUCAACGGAGGGUGUGGCGCCGGAGACGACGACGAGGAAGGCCGCGGCGGCGAGGGCCAUAGCCGAGCGCAGGAAGGCGAUCGUGGCCAGGAUGAGGGAGCUGCUCCGGCGCGCCGUCGUGCAGUCGUCGUCGGCGGCAGCGACUCAGUCCAAGCUGCGCUCCUCCACCGUGGCCACCGCCAAGAAAUGGAAGAGGGUGGUGACCUUCAAGAGUAGAGAUCGCCGGCGUUCGGUCGUCCACGGAGGCGGCCUCGACGGCAUGAGCUCCGCGUCGUCGGUGUCCAGCGCCAGCAGGAACAGCCUGAGCAGCCGGGACGCCACAUUCCCGCGCUCCCCUCCGCCGCCGUUCGCCGCCGCCAACAAGAUAUGCUUCGAAGAAAUCAUGGCGAUGGAGCAUGAGGCUCACUGGAUCACCACGGAUUCCGACUUCGUCGUGCUGGAGCUCUAGACGGGGGAGACGACGACGAGGACGCGGUGAUCUCUCCGACGAGCAAAUUAACGUACCGAGUGGCGUGGAUUCGUUGUAGGCCCGGCCCAAGUCUUGCAAAAUCGUCCUGGCAUGAUUACACAAGUUUCUGGACUAAUAUAUAAUAGUGAUCCUGCAGAUCAAACAAAGAAUGGACCGGCUUAUAUGUCUAUUGUAAAGGCUGAUUUUACUUCUUCUUCUUUCGAAUUAUUGUGCAUUUGGUAUUUGACGGCUCAAAGAGCUAUGACAGGUAUUGUAUUUUUAGAAGAAGAAAUCAUCUUUGCGUAACUUAAUUACUCGUGUGUUGAGAGAAACAAAAAAGAAAAACCUUCUUGUUGUAAGUUGGUUGGAGAGUACGGAUCUCCAAGCAAUGUUGGAGGGCUCAAGAUAAGAGGUUCCAUGUAGC